AUGGUGCGCAUGAACGUAUUGAGCGAUGCUCUUAAGUCAAUAAACAACGCCGAAAAGCGAGGUAAACGCCAAGUCCUCAUCAGGCCGUGUUCAAAAGUCAUCAUCAAGUUCUUGAAAGUCAUGAUGAGUCACGGUUACAUUGGCGAAUUUGAAAUAGUCGAUGAUCACAGGGCUGGCAAAGUUGUAGUUAACUUAACUGGUCGUCUUAAUAAGUGUGGUGUCAUUUCUCCAAGAUUUGAUGUACCAAUUAGAAAUAUUGAAAAAUGGACUAAUCAGCUACUUCCAUCCAGACAGUUCGGAUUUGUAGUACUGACCACCAGUGGCGGUAUUAUGGAUCAUGAAGAAGCCAGACGGAAACAUUUAGGAGGCAAAAUCUUAGGAUUUUUCUUUUAA